AUGAAAGAUUUCUAUCAAAGUGUUCCGGACCAAAACUCAACAGACGAUUUGUGCAAUAACUCAACAUGGCAUGAACCUCGACAAGUUCGAGGAAAAUGGAGCCUUCAGUCAAAGGUUAUUACUGCGGUCAAUGCGAUAUUCUUCUUCACAUCGUGCGGGGUCCUCUUCGUCUCUUCGAGAUGGCUCAAUGACCCUGUCCAUCUGAUGAAGCGCGUGUCGCCCUAUAGUCCAAUUCUCGACGAUGUUCCCAUCCAGCUAGAAACGGUCCAGGUCAAAGGAACGUUGUUCAAUGAUUACACACCUCCACGCAUAUGGCGCGAGCAACCCAGUGAAGAGGUCGAUAAAGCUUGGGACGACAUGGCGCGGAUCGAGUACUUUGGCGUAAGUGGUGAUGCACUCAGGAAAAUGGGCAAAGAUCCUGAGAUAUCUGUCUCCAUCCCAGAGGAGUGGGGUGUCGGGUCGGACAAGUAUCUCGUUGAAAUUGACAUGCAGCAUCAACUUCACUGCCUGAAUGCAGUUCGCAAGUAUGCUUACUUUGACUACUACUAUGGUAACGAUUACAAGAACAUCUCAAUGGCGCCACAACGACACCAGGCACACCUGGCACAUUGUAUAGAUAUCCUCUUACAAGCUCUCACUUGCAACCCGAGCUUGGACUUGAUCUCCCAUAAUUGGAUGAGAACACAGGAGAAUCCGUAUCCUGAUUUCAACAUCAAGAGGCAGUGUGUGGCACACGACCCAAUACUAAAGUGGCAGCAUGAAAAUGGCAUCUCAGAGCAGAUUCUGAAGUACAAGAACCUACCAAGGCCAGAGAGGUUUCCAGAAGUAGAACCGGAACCCUCCAUCUUGAAGAUCGGAGAAGAUUUGGGUCAUCACGAAGGACAUCUUAGGCUUUGA